AUGCCAAAAGGUCCGCUGACUGAUGAUCAUGUCAUGGUUCUCUCUGUCGGCCACAUCCAGUCGCAAGUGUCCGCUCCUGUCGAGGUCCGCGAUGAAAUCGAAAAGUGGAAGAACGCAUUCACGCUCAUGGCCCAUAAGCAAGGAAAAGCGCUCGUCACGUUUGAACGAAACUUCCGUACUCAACACCUUCAAGUGCAAAUGGUCAUGAUUGACAAGUCGUCGACGAAGGCGCUCAAGACUUCGUUCACUUCAGCUGCAGCGCUAGCAGGAUUUGAGCUGGUGACGAUGGCUUCUAACGAUGGUGUAAGUGCAAUGAGCAAGAACUGACUAGUAUUUUCAUUUCUAAACUGAUUAUUUUUCAGCUACUGGACAUGGUAAACGAAGGAUGCCCGUACUUUGUUGCUGAACUUCCCGACGGCUCGAAGCUCUUCACCCGCAACAUGAAAGGUUUCCCGCUUCAGUUCGGCCGUGAAGUCCUCGCCUCCACACCGAUCUUGGAUUGCGAGGACAAGGUGGAUUGGAAAGGCUGCGUGCUCCCGAAAGAGAAGGAGAUCGAACUGGUCACCAAAUUGAAGGCGGCUUUCAAGCCCUUCGAUUUUACUGCCGACGAGGAUUCGGAUUAA